UCAGCCGUCGUCCUCCGACCAGUUCAGGAACAUCUCAACCACCUGAGCAGGAACCCAGAGAUCUUCAGAACCAGGAGGAGGAACCGUCUGAUGAAGAACCACAGGAGAACCGUUCCGUCCAUCGUCUAGAUCUAAAACAUUCCUCCAUGACGACCGGAGAAGAACUGCAGCCGGCCGGAUCCAUGAAGGUUCCUGGUUCCGUCACCACGCUGAGCACCAUCGCUGUCCAGGCCGGACGCUCGCUGAUCAUCGUCUCCAUCCUCAAGAGUGGGUCUCUGGUCCACCUCCAGCUGGUUCAGGUCCAACCAGGACUCUGUGAAAUCGGGUCGAACCAAGAGGAGAACCAGACAAUGGUCCAGGAGCUACAGCAGCUGUUGGACAGACUCAAGAAACAUGAGCUGGAGGUUCUGACUGCAGUGGCUCGGCAGCAGAAGACGGAUGGAUGGACAACAGAGGACAAACAGGAAGUGAUGGAUGCCAUGACGGCGUCUCUGAGAGAAGGAUGGUCACUGCUCGUCCACCUGCUGCACAGGAAGCAGGAAGUCCUAAAGACAGCGGCAGAGUUUCACCGCCAAGCGCUGGAGUUUUCCUUCAGUAUCAGCAGGUUGGAGAAUCUCCAGUUGAGUCCAGCUGGCAGAUCAACUGAAGUUCAGCUAAGAUUCGACUCCAUGAGACGAGAGGUUCUGGGGAAGUCUCUGCAGGUUCUGACCAGCAGCAGCGUUCUGCAGCAGAACCUACAGCAGCUGCAGAGGACCGAGGCCCUCCAGAGGACAGGAGGAGUUCUGCAGCACGAGGAGGAUGAGGAGAACUCCCAGAGCUCCCAGUACAGCAGCGAGGUGGCGCUCAGGCUGGACCAGCUGCUGGAGACACUGCAGGACCGGAGGCAGAGAGCAGAACAGGCGGUCCGAAUGCAGCUGCAACAGAACCAGAACCCAGGAGAGUCCAAAAGAACCGGUUCUGAACAGCUGAGUCCACCUGAGAACCUGGACCAGAACCACCAGUCUGGGUCCAGAUCAGAAGAAACCAUGGACCUGCAGCUAGAGACCGGAUCAGACCAGAAACCAGGAUCCAGAUCAGAAGAAACCAGAAACUUGACGGCUGAAUCGAGUGCAGACCUGAAACCCACAUUCAGAUCAAAGACUUCAGAUCCAGACCUGCAGCCUGUACCAAGAGUGGAGCUAAAACCUGGAUCCAGACCAGAUGACACCCAAAACCUGUGGUCCAGAUUAAGAUUAAACCUGAAAACUGGAUCUAGAUCAGACCUGAAACCAGAAUCCACAUUACACAUGAAGUCAGGAUCUAAAUCAGAGGACAUGGAAGAUCUGAAACCUAGAUCUGGAUCAGAGAACACUAAAGACCUGCAGACUGGAUCCAGAUCAGAGGAGACUGCAGAAGUCCAACCAGAAUUAGGAUCAGAUGGAUCCAGAGUAGAGUUAAAACCUGGAUCUAGACCUGACGAGACCCAAAACCAAUGGUCCAGAUUAAGACUAAACAUGAAGUCUGGAUCCAGAUCAGAACCGCUGGUAGACCUUCAGACAAGGUCUGGAUCAGACCUGAUGCCUGAAUCUAGAUCAGAAAAGACCAAAAACCAGGAGUGUAGAUCCAGAUCAUGGAGAACCAAAGACCUCCAACCCAGAUCCAGCUCAGACCUGCUGGCAGAGGCCAGAUCAGAGGACACAAACAUAAAGCCAGGAUCCAGAUUAGACCUGAGGUCUAACUCUGCAUUAGAGGAGACCAGAGACCUGCAGCCUGGAUCCAGACCAGAAGAUACUGAAGACCUGCAGACUGAAUCCAGACCAGAAGAUACCAGAGACCUUCAUUCUAGAUCCAGACCAGUGACCAAAGAUGUCCUACUGCAUUCUGCAUUAGAGGUUCAGCUCAGAUCCAGAUCAGAGAAGAACAAAGACUUUCAGUCUGGAUCCAGAUUAGUUCUAAAACCCAGUUCAGAUGUGCAGCCAGGAUAUGGAUCAGAUCUGGAGCCUGAAUCUAUAUCAGUGGAGACUAGAAACCUAAAACCUGGAUCUGGAUCAGAUGAUCUUAAACCUGGAUCCAGAUUAGAGGACACCAGUGACUUCCAGGUUUGCUCCACAUCAGUCCUGAAGCCCAGAUCCAGCUCAGAUGUUCAGCCCGGACCCAAAUCUGACAUGAAGUCUGGGUUCAGAUGGGAGAUCAGAGACCUGAAGGUAGGAUCAGAGGACGGAGAGCUCAGAGAAGAGACAGAGCAGAACCGACCUGCUGCUGGAGACACCACCAGUGGGCAGAUGGCAGAGCAGCAGAGCAUGCUGGGAAAGGACACCACAAGUGGAGCAGACUCCGCCCACCACAUCCUCCGGACCAAUCAGAGGCUGCUGUCAUCAUUUGAACAUCUAGCAGAAGAGGUCAGAAGGUUGAUGUCCACCAGCUGUGGAGGAGGACUGAGUGCAGCCCAACACACUCUGAACACACACCUGGACACACUGACUCAGGCUGCAGCUCGUGAAGCAGAGAACCUGCAGCAGAGUCUGGAUCAGCUCAGAACCAGCAGGAAGCUGUUGCCUCUGAAGGCUCUGACGGAGCAGCUGAAGAGGGGCAGCACCAGAACUAGUCCACCUUCAUCCAGGCCAAUGGGUCGGGUCCAUGUGGUUCUGAAGGACCUGCAGAGUCUGAACAGCAGAAUCACCUCAAAGCUGCAGCAGCUGGAACCGCUGGUCAUGUUCCUGAGGACCACACAGCAGGUGGAGGAGGAGAUGGAGGAACAGAUGGCGGUCUACAAGAAGCAGCUGAAGGAGGAAGAGAAGGAAGAGGAGGAACAGGAAGUGAGGUUGACCAGUAGGUCACCAGAGAAGAAUAAAGUCGCCGUCUGCUGGGAUGAGAGGCUGCAGAGGCUCAUCACUGCUCAGGAACUGGGAAACAGCUGUAUCCAUGCUGUCACCAUGGAGUCGGACUCGACCUUCAAUCAGUCGGUGGUUUUGGUGAUAAAACAGAAAAUGAAGCAACUCAACGAAACAAAACGAGAUGUGAUGAAGCUGAAGAACCAGGAUCAGCUGAAGAACCAGGAUCAGCUGAAGAACCAGGACCAGCUGAAGAACCAGGAUCAGCUGAAGAACCAGGACCAGCUGAAGGAUGAAAAGAAGAUCUGCAGGGGAUACGAGGACAGACUGAGGAAGACCCUACAGGACCUGCUGUGUGUCUUGGACCUGUUGGACUCGUGCACUCGGGUGGACCUGGGUUCAGACUUUCAGACCUCCAAGCUGCUGCAGAGCUUCAUUCAGGCCAAACCUCACUUCAGCCAGCUGGAUGCUGAUGUGCAACAGCUGCUCAGCAGCUUGGAGGUUCUGAGAGUCCAGAACCAGCUGGAGGUGACGGAGGAGGAGCUGGAGGAGCUGCUUAAGCUCCAUCAGAUGGUGAAGCACAAGAUCCAGCAGAGCGAAUCCAUCCUGGACCUAAGCAGCAGGUUCCAUCUCACAGCAGGACAGCUGGAGGCGCUGCUGCUCUCUGAACCCUGCAGCUCUACUGAACAGAACCGACACCAGCAGCAGCAGAUCCAGAACCUGAUCGAGACCAGCUCAGUCCUGAAGAACCACAUCUGUACAGCUGUAGCACACCCUGGGGCUCCAGGGUUUCAUCUGCAGCAGCUCCUCCUUCGUCUGGUUCGUCUGGACUCUUGGUUUGUUUGGUGGAAGAACGAAGCGGCUCAACAGGAAGAGAAACUGCAGUUGAUUCACCUGCUGCACAAUGACAUCAUCCAGCUUCGUGACUCUUUUAAGCACCUGAAGAAACGUUUCAGCAAUGUAAAGUUUAACUACCUGAAGAGGAACGACAGAAACAGGAACAUGAAGGCUGUGAGGAACCAGCUGCAGCAGGUGGAGAUGUUCCACAACAAGCUGCAGGCUCUCAGGAGGCGCCUGCAGGGUUUGGUGUCUCGGCUCGGCUCGGAGGCGAAGGUCGGAGGUGUCGCCCGCGAGGUGGACGACAACGCCAACGAGCUGCAGAGGCAGAUGGGAGAGUUUGAGCGAAGUGUGAACGAGCACAGAAAAACUCUGGACAUGACAUGCAGACUGCAGGAGGCCAUGGAGGAGUACCAGUUCUGGUGUGAGGAAGCCAGCGCCACCAUCGCUCGGGUUGGAAAGUUCUCCUCAGAGUGUCACAGCACAGAAGCUGUGUCGGUUCUGUACCGACAGUUUGAGAAGUUCGUUUGGCCGACAGUUCCUCAGCAGGAAGAGAGGAUCAGUCAGAUCAGCGAGCUGGCAGUCCGACUGCACGGGGUGGAGGAGGGUCGGCGCUACAUCGAGAAGACGGUCAGCAAACACUCGGAGAUGGUGGAGUCCAUCAGGGAGCUGAGCGAUGGGCUGAUGGAACUGGAGGCCAAACUGAAGCUGGAGAGUCUGAAGCAUCAGAAGAACGAAGAGGAGCAGAAAGAAGAGCCUAAGAGGAGAGACAGCGAUGAUGAUGAGGAUGAGAUGAAGCAGAGUGAUAACCGGAGAACACAGGAGGUCGACAUGUAUGAGCUGAAGGAAACAGGCCACACCCCCGAACUGACCACUGAGCAUGAUGGGAAAGAGGCUCCUGUGAAGGCUGCAGCCAAUCAGAGGGCUCGGUUCCAGAGGAGCUCCAACAGAUGGACGGAGAUCUCAGACAGCAGUGUUCAGCUGCAGGGUGACGUCACACAGUCCUACUGCUCCACCCACACCUUCAGCCUGACCUGCUCCUCAGCCGACGCCAACCGAAGGGCCCACGCCAUCCAAUUACAGCUUCAGGCCACGCCCCCUCCACCUGUGAUUGGUCUGUCGUUCUCUGACAUCCAGAGGGAGUUCCAGGUGAAAGCGGGACAGCAGGCAGCUUCAUGUGAUCCAAACAUGAUACAGGAUGCAUCAGAAACAGGAGGCCUGUCAGAGGCGGAGCUCCAACAACAGGAAGUGAUGACGGAGGAUUCUCUAUCCAAUGACGAGUACGAGUGUGCAUCACCCGACGACAUCUCCCUUCCGCCGCUGGCAGAGACGCCUGAAUCCAACACGGUCCAAUCAGACAUGGAGGAGGGCUUCUGUUUCUGCUCCAGCAUCAACCAGAGCAGCCAGCAGGACCAGUCAGAACCGGCCGGUACCGGUUCAGAGAACGGUCGAACUCCUCCCUCCAACCUGCAGAACACUAUGAGGUCCAGAUCAGAGUCCGGCUGGGUUCAGACAGUUCCUGAUCCAAACUCCCUAAGCAGCACUGUGUGCAGCAUCCUGAGAACCACAGAGACCAUCACCACUAACACUCUCCUGAGGGCCCAUCUCUCCCAAGGCAGCCCUGAACCAAACACCCCCUCUGGAUCAGUCCAGGAGAGCAGCACUACAGACCAAGACCAAGACCAUGCUGUUGCUGAAAGGAGUCCUUCUCCCACUCCUCUGGCCGAUCCCACUCCACAGGCAGAUCCCACUCCACAGGCAGAUCCCACUCCACAGGCAGAUCCCACUCCUCUGGCAGAUCCCACUCCACAGGCAGAUUCCACUCCACAGGCAGAUCCCACUCCACAGGCAGAUUCCACUCCCAGGGCUGAUCCAGACUCAUUCCUUCACAGUGACAACAUCAAGCUUCACACAUGCACCCCUCAACCCACCACUUUUCUCUGUGAAAACAGCACUGGGACAGAAUGGAUCCUCCAUCACAGUUCCUCCCAAACUGAGAGGGAAACCAGGGCCCAAAGAGAAGGUGUCAGCAGAACCAGAACCAGUUCAGUAACUCAGCAGACCGUUCACCCCCUCUCCUUCCCUUCAGAUAGUCAGUUAACCAGGCCUAAGGACAGCAGCUGCUCAUCAAUCCCCUACAGUCCUCCUCGGUCUGACCUGGAUGUCCUGAACACGUCCUCCACCGCCACCCAACAGACAGUUUGCAGUCAGUCCUGUCCGUUCAUUGUCCCACCAAGCAGCAGGCCUCAGGACCAAGCCGCUGGCCCAGUCGGCAUCAGCAAUGACACAUUUAGCUACCAUCACACGGUCUCCUCCAUCCAUGAGUCCCUGACCUGCACCUGUACUCAGCAGUGUGUGCAUUUCCCUGGCAUACCUCCCAGCAGUUUCACCCGGCCUGGUGCUCCUCCUCAGGACCUGGCUAACCCGCAUGUCCCUCCCCCAUCCUCUCCAUCCCAUCUACUAACUCCAGACCAGGACCCAGACAUCUGUCUGCCCAUGGCCAUCAAAGAGGAGAUCCAGCUCACUCCUCAGAUCCAGGGCCCCCCCCUUCCUGCCCCUCCUCAGGCAGAGUCUCUUCCACAGGGAAAAGACUCUCGUUCUGGACGUCCCUGCUUCACCAGGCCCCUGUCCAGAGCCACCAUCAUGGAGGGCUCUCCGGUGACGCUGGAGGUGGAGGUGACGGGACACCUGGAGCCCAGGCUCACCUGGUGGAGAGAUGGAGGGGCGUCGCCCCGCCAGGACCCGGACCUCCUCCUGGUCGAGGACCCGGACCUCAUCCUGGUCGAGGCUCCAGACGCUCGUCACAGCAGCGGUGAACUGUGGUUGGUGGACGAGGUGUUUGACAUCAUGAGUGUGGACGCCUGGUUUGGGACUCUGUGUGUUCUGAUGUGGCUGCUCUACUUCAUCCUGCUGUAGAUUAUCCUGCUCUAGAUCAGUGGUUCUUAACCUUUUUGACCUCUAGGCCCAAUUUUCCCAGUACGAAGUGAUCCGGGGCCCAUUUUAAUAUGAACAUUUUCAUUACAGUUGAUCCGAGUCUGAGUUUGAAUUGUAUUCAAUAACUAAAACAAGUCCACUUACAGUUUAACAAGCUAAAACCUUGUAAAAUAAAUGAUAUGAUACACUGUGAUCAUCUCAAAGACAUUUCUUUAUAUCAUGUAUGUAAACCUGCACAUACAACACAGAACAAGUAAGCAAUUAGAACAAAUCAAGUUGCAACAAGAACAAAUAUAAAGGCUCAAGCCAAGCAUAUUAACAAAAAAUUUAAAAAAUCUGAAAUCCAAACAUAUUUUGAUUUAGAUACUCAAAAAACUGAAGAGAAAUUCUGAUAAAUAAAACUCUGUGGUAAUAAAAUAAAUACAUUCAAAAUAAUAAACGUUUAAAAUUAAAUGUAAAUAAAAUUUACAUAAAGUGCAAUUGAAAAUAUUGACUUAUAACCUGCUGACAAAUUUGACAAUUUAGCAGUCUUCAUUUCUUUGCUCCAAAAAAACCCUCUAAAAUUCUAUACAAACUCUACAAACAUUCUCUGCAAACUACAAAUUUGUGACAAAUGAACAUUAACAACAGUCACAAGAGUCCAUUUUUUUAAACAUGCAACAACUCCCAUUCUAUGUUGACCUCUUAAUGAGACAGUUGGGCCUGCUUCUCAGACAUGAUCAGAUCUAGUCUGGGUGGAAUGGGGGAAAGGCUCACUCUCAGGGUAGCCUCCAGUGAUGCUCUGAAUCUGUUUCGAGCUUUAAUCUUAGUUGUGGCCACACUCAACACACUGGGCUCUCGGCUCUGCCUUGCUACCUCCCUUCACAAAGCUGAACUUAAUAAAGUCAGGGUUGUUCUUCCGCACAAAUUUCGCCUUUGAGGAGGGGGUGGCAUCAAUUUCAUCUUCAUUUUUUCGUUUUAAAAACUUCAUAACUUCUGUCAAAACUUUGCUGCUGGCUUCUUCUGUUCCUGUUUAUUGGAGCGUGUUCAACAACUGAAUGAUGCUUCACUUGCCACCAAGUGGUGGGGAGCUGCAUUGCGGUCCCGUGGCCCUCGUGGCCCACAAGUGCAGAAGUGAAAAUUUUUCGCGGCCCAGUAGUUGGCGCUCGCGGCCCAUCCUAUGGUUCAGAAUCACUGCUCUAGAUCAUCCAGCUCUAGAUCAUCCAGCUCUACAUCUUCUUGCUCUAGAUCAUCAUCUAGAACAGUGGUUCCCAACCUGUUUGGCUUAGAGCCCCCCCAUAGGAUGAACCCCCCCCCAUAAGUACACUACAAUACAUAAGAGGGAAGUUAAUGAAUUGUAUUACUAAUAGAAAAUUCCCUAAAAUUAUGAAAAAUAUAAUAUUUUAUAUCAAACCAAGAGUUGUACUCUGACGAGGAGGAGAGAGUUUAUGGCUGCAGUAAAUUUAGUGACACUACAAUGCAUAAGAGUUAAGUUAUUGAUUUUUUUUUUUAACCAUAAAAAAAAUCCUUAAAAUUAUGAAAAAAAAUGUAAUAUCAAACCAAGAGUUGUAGUAUGAUCAGCAGGAGUCAGUUGCUGGCUGCAUUUGUGUCUCUUUGCUGUUGCAGCGGUUUUGCAUUUUGCAGACGGUUCCUGUUCACUCGUUGCACAACCGGCUGCUCAUAGACAUCAGUGUUAUUUCUGCAGCUACUUUUGAUUAAACUGGGCUUGUAGCACAUUGUCUAGCUUACAACGAUGGGAAAGAGGCAUUGUUUAUGUUUAGACAACGUAUAUUUAAUGAGUUAUUGAUGCCGGAAGUCCGAAUUAGUGAAUAUCUUUCCGACUUUACAAACUGUGUUUUGUUUCCUGACGUCUCCGUAAUUCGCUGGCUUCAUGCUGUCAUUUACGAGCAUUUCACCACAAAUAACAUAAUUCUGUCUUGUCCUUUAAUAAAACCAAAUUUAAGGUAA